UCCACAAAUUAGAAAGAUAUUGUGAUCGUUUUUCUUUUCGUUUUCAUUUUGUGCAAGUUGCGCCAAAAUUACGUAGAUUAUACUUUUAGAAUUUUAAUAAAUCUAAGUCCUAUUAACCGAAAGAUAUGAAUGCACCUCCCACAUUCGAGUCAUUUUUACUUUAUGAUGGAGAAAAGAAGGUACAAAAAGAAGAAGACACUAAAGUAACAAAUGCUGCAAUAUUUACCGUCAAUAAGGAAGAUCAUACUCUUGGGAAUAUGAUCAGACAUCAAUUAUUAAAGGACCCUAAAGUACUGUUUGCGGGUUACAAAGUACCUCAUCCACUAGAGCACAAAUUUGUGCUUCGUAUUCAAACCACAUCAGAUUACACGCCGCAGGAAGCUUUCAUGAAUGCUAUUACCGAUUUAACAUCUGAGCUGUCGCUUUUUGAGGAAAGAUUCAAAGAAGCUAUAAAAGAAAAGAAAGAUGGGUUGGACUAAUUUAACACCACACAAAUAAAUGUUUCAUGACAAUGUUACUGUUUCAGUGACCUAAAUGACAUUCUGUUCUCUGUAUCUUUUCAUAUUUUGCUGUAAAAUACCUAUUUUUAUUAUUAUGUACCUACAUACUAUUAAAAUCUUUAAUUCCAUAUUUUUUUAUGGUAUAUGGUAUAACAUUAUAGAUUUUUGAGUUCCUGGAAAAAAUAUACAGUUACCCCAGACAGGUAAAUGGAUAUCAAUCUUAUUGAUAACUUCCACUAGGCAUUGGCACAUGCACAUGGUGCUCUGCAUUCAAUCUUAAUUUGACAGAAUGUUUCAAAAACUUAAAUUGGAUGCAAAUGAAACAACACACACCGAAGUCCUGGCUUUAUAGG